AUGGGUAACGACCAGUCCCGCUCCGCCAAGGGCGGGGAGGAGGCAAACGAUGGUCCCAUUGAUUACUAUGAGCUUCUCAAGGUCGACGUUGAGGCCACUCCCGAUGAGAUCAAGAAGUCGUACCGUAAACUGGCUCUCAUCCACCACCCGGAUAAAAAUGCCCACCGUGUGGAGGAGGCGACCAAGAUGUUUGCCGAUCUGCAACAAGCAUACGAGAUUCUCAGUGACCCGAACGAACGUGCUUUCUAUGACCGUCACCGAAAUGACCACAUUGAGACCAACGACGAUGACUUCUACGACCAUGUCCGUGCCGGAGACGCAGCCGCCACCGACCCCAAGUCCAAGUUCAACCGUCGACGCGCCGGCGACCCAGGUGUCAAGAUUGACCAGCUCAUGCGCUUCUUUGACCCCAAGCUUGCACGAAAGAUGGACGACUCAAACGAGGGCUUCUACUCCGUCUACCGUACGCUGUUUAACGUCCUCGCGUCCGACGAGGCCCUGCACACGCCCGAGGGCCAGACAUUCGUUCAUUACCCUCCCUUCGGUGACUCGACUACUCCCUACGCCCCACCUCCUGGCAUGACCAAGGCCGAGAAGUCAAAAACAUGGUGGGCCCGCGACUUCUACGUCGCCUGGGGCGAGUUUGCGACCGAGAAGCGUUUUGAGUGGCUCGAGAAGUGGGACACUGCUCGUGGCGAGGACAGGAAUAUUCGCCGGUUGAUGGAGAAGGAGAACAAGAAGCUCCGCGAGGACCACAGGAAGGAGUACAUUGAUACCGUCAGGACACUGGUCCAGUUCAUCCAACACCGCGACCCGCGCUACAAGGCGUACCAGGUUCAAAUUGCCCAGGCCAAAAAGGCCAAGAAGGCUGAGGGUCUCCCCGGAUCCGGAACAUCGACUCCUGGUCGUGGUACACCCCGCACCGUCGACGUCGAGGCAGCCAAGAAGCGCGAGGAGGAGCGCAGGAAGGCCGCCGCUGCGUUCCAGGAACAGGACUGGCAGCGGUUCUCGAAGCGCCCCGACGAUGACGAGGAGGAAGAGCAGGAGCCUAUCGACCAAGGAGACGGUACUGGCAUUCGCAUGGAUGACGGAGCCGGCGGCGAGAUCUUUGAAUGCGUCGCCUGUAACAAGACGUUUCAGAGCGAGGCGAGCUGGGGUAACCACGAGAGGAGCAAGAAGCACAAGCAAGCGGUGUUCAGGAUGGCAAAGGAGAUGCGCGCCGAGACUAUUGCUUUCAGCGACGACGACUUUGUGACACCGCAGGAGGCUGACUUUGACGAGGAUGAGGAGGCAGACUUCGACGAGGAUGAGCUCAUUGCGGACCUCGAGGAGCUUGAGCUCGAUGAGCUGGAGGAGAUGGAGGCUCUCGAGGCGGAGCAGGCGUCGCUUGAGGAUGCUAUCAGGAAAACGACCGAGGCCGCACCAGACGCGCCACCACCAACAAAGCCAAAGAAGACAAAGUCGCCUGAACCCGCGGCUGCACCUGAGCAUGACGAGGACGAGGACGACACCCAGUCCACGACCACGGCCGCCACUGUGGCCAAGGUCCCCGAGCUAUCCAAGCGCGAGAAGCGCCGUGCCCGUGAGGCGGUCAAGAAGGCCGAGGAGGAGGCCGCCAAGCUCGCCGCAAAAGAGUCUCGCAAGGAGGCAAAGAAGGUGGCCAAGGGCGGUGUGCCUCCCCCUGCUCCUGCUCCUUCAAAGGGAAAGAACUUUGAAAACGCGUUUGUCCAGCCCAAAACCAAGGGCAAGAAGGGUGCCAAGGGUGGCAAGCAGCCUGAAAAGGUGGUUGUUACCGCCAAGGACGUUGAGCGCGCCGUCGAGGACAUCCAGGCGUUGCGGCAGAAGAUGGUCGACAAGUGGGGCCAGGACUGGACAGGUGGGUUUGAUCAUCUGGAUAUCACUAACUCUGCAGACCUCGUGAGCCGAGUUGCCUGCCUUUUCGCAGGACCAGGUGCCACGACCGCCCCUGAUCUUGCUGUCCUCUGUCUCGGUCUAGGAAAGCCAUUCGGAGACCGCACCGCUAAGAUCCAGCUCGCCCUCAUCCUUGAGCUUACUGUCGGUCUUGGUGCCCCCAUCUCGGUCAUUGAGACGUUCGACCCCGUGUUUGAGGACGGUGACCGGCAAGUCCUCGAGGCACUCGGCUGCACUGUGAUCCAGGAGAACCUCCGUGGCGAGCACACCGUCCACGAGACCCGCCCUCACCUGAUCUACAUGCCCCACUGCUCCAAGACGCUCUACGAGUCGUUCUUUCACACCAACUACACAAAACGUCUUGGCGCCUCCCCUCCAGUGAUUCUUCUCGGCAACGACCUUGGCGACUACUUGCCCGGGUUCGUCCGCGCCCCACCACCAGGCGCAGAGGCCGAGCAACCGGCAGAGGACGAAUUUGUGAAGCCCAAGAAGAAGAGGAAGGGCCGCGGACCCGCCGAGCGCCAGUUUGAAGAUACGGUGCUCCGUCGUCUUGUGCCGCACUUUGACACGUUCAUGCUGUCGGACCUGCCCGAGACGAACCUGCCUGGUUUCGCACGCGCGUUCCUCUCGACCGCGUUCCAGUGGCUGCCAGAGGAAAAUGUGGCCCAGGUCGACUGGGAGACGCCCCUCCCUGAAGUGGAGUGGCCGGAUGACGGCGAGGUCGCUGCAUAG